AUGUUGCUGUUGAAGAAACAGCUGAGCACCCUCGCCACCCGCAUCAGUUCCUCUGUGUCGCCCGAGAUCUGCCAGACCUUCUUCUCUAGUCAAAGAUCUUUCUACGAGAAGCACCUACUGGACCAAACCGCAACAACGAAGAGGAAGUUCGGCCAAAUCUUCCAGAAAAUGGAAAACAACACCAACUCACCUCAACCGAAUUUGAAGGCGAUCCACAACGGAACCAACAUAAACAUUCCACCGGAAACAACAACGUUGCUGAGCUUAGGACCCAAAUUUGCUCUCCCAAUCACCGAUCCGCAACAAAACCCGUACUUUCACCUCGUAGCAGAUGUGGAGAACAUCCUGAAAACCAACCCAGACAAUAGUUGCCAAGACCACAACCGUUGUGCAAUUACCAACAUGAUCCAGAACCACCUCCAUAAAAUCCACAACAGACCACAAGCAAAGGAUGCACUCGUCAAGUUCUGUGAAUCUGCGGAAAGGAAAACAAGAUUAUUCUUGAAACAGAACCCCAACCUAGCGGUUCUACAAUCCGACAAAGGCAACAAAACCGUCAUCAUGAACAGCGAGGAGUACAAACAAAAGAUGCUCGACCUACUGAAGGAUGACCACACCUACCAACCCAUCACACGUGAUCCCACAUCACGGUUCCAAAACAAAACAACAACCUCCGCACUGUGCCCAAGGAUAUACGGCCAACCUAAAGCACACAAACCUGGACUGCCGCUGAGACCGGUAGUGCCCAACAUAACAGCACCGUCGUAUCACCUGUCCAAGUUCGUGGGACAGAUGAUCCGCAAGUCGAUCCACAGCCAGUACAACGUCAAAAACUCAUUCGAGUUCUGUGAGUUCAUCAACACUGUCACAUUACCUCCUGGACACGUGUUGAUCUCGCUCGACGUCGUGUCCCUGUUCACCUGCAUACCGAAAUUACUGGUCACCCACGACAUUAUCUAUGGGUGGGACAACAUCAGAGAGCACGCCAACAACAUCUGCUUGGACCUCUUCUUAGAAUUGGUUGAGUUCUGCAUCGAUGCGAGCUACUUCAAGUUCAACGAGCAGCACUACCAACAGAUCUUUGGCACAGCUAUGGGCAAUCCUCUGUCAUCAACAACAGCAGACCUAGUAAUGGAGAACCUCCUAGACUAUGCAAGCCAGAAACUGGACUUCCAGCUUCCGUUUUUGAAAAAUACGUUGACGACAUCGUAA